AUGAAUGUCAAGCUCAGUCCUACUGAUGGAAAAGAUUUGCCUAAUCCAACCUUGUACCCUCAGCUUGUGGGCAGUCUCAACUAUUUGACUAUCACCGGGCCAGAUAUUAGUUACGUUGUUCAUGUCGUAAGUCAGUUCAUGGCUUCUCCUCGCACCUCUCAUUUUGCUGCAGUUCUUCGUAUUCUACGAUAUGUGAAGGGAACAUUGUAUCAAGGGUUGCACUUCUCCUCCAUAUCAGACUUUCCUCUCCGUGCUUACACUGACUCGGAUUGGGAUGGGGAUAUCAUUGACAGACGGUCAACAACAGGUUUAUUGUAUGUUCUUAGGCAACUCUCUUAUUUCUUGGAGAAGCAAGAAACAAACAGUUGUCUCUCGUUCUAG